AUGUCGUCGCCUUUCGCGACUUUCCUCAUCAUCGGACCUACGUGUUUCUUCCUGGGAGUCCUUUUCGCAUCCUUCCCUUACGACUACAAUGUUCUGUGGACGACACCCCCGACUCUUGUCCCAGGAGUAGACCCUCGUCUGCCCUACUACCAGAUGCUCGAGGACCACCUCAAGUUCAUCCACGCAUCCCCGCCUCUCAUCUCGCGCAUUCUCCACAUUGUCAUCGCUACCGGUCUCUUGGGCUUCAUCACCAAGCUGUACAAGCCUUCUGAGGCCAACCUCCUCUUCGACGGCGCCAGUCUUGUACUGUACAUGUGCGGUGUCACCGUUUACAUUGCCAACAUUGUCAAGGGCAUGCGCGUCAUCACCUCGGGCAUCUACGGCAACCCUACUCUCGCAGAGGGCCAGGUUGAUGAUUCCGGCGACUAUCUUGGAAGAGAGGAUUCGCUCAAGGUUCUCGCUGCCAGUGAUACCAUAUUGGCUCUUUUGCUCGUCGGUGUCUUGAUCUUACAGGCUGGCCAGUGGUAUGCCAACAAGAAGGAAGCCGACGAGAUUAUGGAGAUGGACAAGAAGCACGACGAGAAGAAGGCCCACCAAAAGGAGAAGAAGAAGCAAUAG